AUGUCAGCCGCUGUUCCUCAUACAGCAAACGCAUUUUCAUCUCCGGAAGGGCGUAUCUGGACGCGCUCAAUUCUUAGGAAGCUAGUUCCCUUCGAUCCUCAUGACUACCAGCUGGAGGGUGUCUGUAAAUGCCUCGAUGGCGUUGAUUUGUUUGCUAUAACGGCGACCGGCGAUGGAAAGACAGGGUACUUCUAUAUGUACAUUUUAAUGGUAAUCUAUCUAUCCAACAAUUCCGCGGCGUGGCCCAAAGGAACCUUUUUCCCUCAAGACCCGGUUAUAAUCGUUGUAUGUCCUACUAAUGGUAUCGAAGAACAAAUGGCGUCUAAGAUGACAGCAUUCGGUCUUCGGACACUUGCUGUCAACUCCCACACCCUGCAUGAGGCUGCGGAACGGAAGGAAGACUUAUGGGUGAUAGCGCGAACGCGUAUAGCGAUGCUCAUGCUAUCGCCCGAGCAACUAGUGGCUAAGGGAUUCAAGAAUUUGUUAUCCCAUGAACCUUUCUGGCGACGGAUUGUUGCCAUGGGCGUGGACGAAGCCCACCUGCUCUUGCAGUGGGGGAAAGGCUUCAGGAAAGCCUUCCUCGAGAUAGGCUUCAUGCGUGCCAGGUUACCGUCGCGGGCCGUUGUGAUGGCCGUCACGGCGACUAUGGCACCUGGGAAACGUUUUGGAGCUGUCUGUGAGCUUCUCGGGUACAAGCAAGGCGCAUUUCAUGAAAUCCGGCGCUCAAACUUCAGGCCCGAGAUUCAACUUCUGUUCCGUCCUCUCAAUUGCGGCAUUGGUGGCCGGCGAUUCCCAUCGCUCCUAUGGGUGCUU